GGAGAAUGGCGGCCCACAUUUUUCUUCAACCAAGAUUACUUUUUGAGUCUAUGUUACACAUUCCACCCAAAUGUGAGCCUCGGAUUCGGAGGUCAAAUCUCCGGAUAUGAGCUCCAAUUCGAAAACCCCUCGAGGAAAGAAGACAUUGACACAGUGUACUGGGAAAUUAAGAUCCAUCGUGAUCUGGGAUGGGCCUCCACAUAUAUAAGGUCUUCUUAUACUCCGGUCAGGGUGAAGCCAGGAACGUAUAACCACGUGGUCCUCUCGCCCAAAGAAGUCAAUCAACUCGACACCCAGACCUAUCACUGCGAUUCCAGGGACGGAUACAGCAGAGACGAGUGCAUGGACACAUGCACAUGGAUGUGGACCUCCAUUCUGCCACUGUCGUGUCGACUUUCCUCGAUGAACGUGUCUUUGCCGAUGUGCGAUCACAUUGGGGCUAUCCUAGAAAUGGGCCGCAUAAUUAAUUCCGCAUGGAAUAGGCAUAAUGAGCUGCUUCAUUCAACCUGCAUCUGCCCGCCACCCUGCCAUCGCCUCCGCUACGCUGUGGACGUGAGGACUCUGAAACAAGCUUUGGACGAAUAUAACUAUCUCUGGAUAUAUCUCCCUGAGGAUAUCGUGGAAGUUCUGGUCGAGAAAGAGGUCUACGAUCUCAUCCAGGUGUUUGGGGAAUUCGGGGGUUGCCUUGUUGGGGAAUGGCGAUCCACAUUAUUCAUCAACGCGGGAGGAGAUAAUUCAAAGAAUUACGAAUUGAGCCUAUGUUACACAUUGCAUCCCAAUGCGGCAAUAGGAUUCGGAGGGGAAAACUCCGGCUAUUUUCUCCAAUUCGAAAGCCCCCAAUUGCCCCAAACCAUUGACAGAGUGUUCUGGGAAGUAAACAUCCAUCGAGACCUAGAAUGGGCAGCCAUGUACCUUAUGUCGUCUUAUACACCAAUCAGAGUGAAGCCAGGUACGCAUAACUACGUGAUCCUCUCAGCCAAAGAUGUGAAUCAACUCAGCACUCAGACCUAUCCCUGCGAGUCCAUGGACGGAUACAGCAGAGACAAGUGCAUGGACACAUGCCUAUCGGAAUGGAUCCUCCCUCAAUUGCCGUGUCGACUUCCGUCGAUGAACGUAUCUUUGCCGGUGUGUGAUAACAUGGGCGAAAUCGUGAAUCAUACACGCACCUAUCACCUUUUGUCGACAAAGGUGAGCCAGUCUAAUUUGAAUUGCUCCUGCCCGCCACCCUGCAAUCGUCUCCGCUACACAGUGGAAGUGUCGCCUCCGAGUGACGCUUUCGACAAUAAUGGCUAUGUCUGGAUCUAUUUCUCUGAGGAUAUCCUCGAAGUUCUGGUCGAGAAAGAGGCCUACGAUCUCAUCCAGGCGGUGGGGGAAUUCGGGGGUUGCCUUGUUGGGGAAUGGCGAUCCACAUUAUUCAUCAACGCGGGAGAAGAUAAUUCAAAGAAUUACGAAUUGAGCCUAUGUUAUACAUUCCAUCCCAAUGUGGCAAUAGGAUUCGGAGGGGAACGCUCCGGCUAUUUUCUCCAAUUCGAAAGCCCCCAAUGGAAUAAAACCAUUGACAGAGUGUUCUGGGAAGUAAACAUCCAUCGAGACCUAGAAUGGGCAGCCAUGUACCUUAUGUCGUCUUAUACAACAAUCAGAGUGAAGCCAGGUACGCAUAACUACGUGAUCCUCUCAGCCAAAGAUGUGAAUCAACUCAGCACUCAGACCUAUCCCUGCGAGUCCAUGGACGGAUACAGCAGAGACAAGUGCAUGGACACAUGCCUUUGGGAAUGGAUCUCCCCUCAAUUACCGUGUCACCUUUCGUCGAUGAACGUAUCUUUGCCGGUGUGUGAUAACAUGGGCGAGAUCGUGAAUCAUACACGCACCUAUCACCUUUUGUCGACAAAAGUGAGCCAGUCUAAUUUGAAUUGCUCCUGCCCGCCACCCUGCAAUCGUCUCCGCUACACAGUGGAAGUGUCGCCUCCGAGUGACGCUUUCGACAAUAAUGGCUAUGUCUGGAUCUAUUUCUCUGAGGAUAUCCUCGAAGUUCUGGUCGAGAAAGAGGCCUACGAUCUCAUCCAGGCGGUGGGGGAAUUCGGGGGUUGCCUUGGUAUGUUCCUUGGCAUCUCCCUCGUCUCCUUAUACGAGUCACUCGACCGAGUUAUCCGAUUCUUUGUCGCAAAACGUAUUGGCAUUGAAUGA